AUGUCUGACGAGAAGUCGCAGCGGGUCAUGGCCACUCCGCCCAGCGUGUCUUCGGACUAUGAGGGCGGCAGCCAGCCCAGCAUACCGCAGGGCACCAAACACAACAUCAGUUCGCGCCAGGCUCAGAUGAUUGCCAUCGGCGGAGUUAUUGGCACCGGACUGUUUGUCGGCUCGGGUCAGGCGCUCGCCAUUGCCGGGCCCGUCUUCCUGUUUGUGGCCUACUGUGUCAUAUGCUUUCUCGCCUUUUGUGUCGCGUCCGCCACGACCGAGUUCAACGCCUACCUGCCGGUCCCCGGAGCCUCGAUCCCUUACUACGCCACGCGCUUCGUCUCGUCCAGUCUCGGCUUUGCGGUCGGCUGGCUACACUGGUGGACAUGGGGUGUAACGGUUGCAUACGAGGUCACGGCCGCGUCUAUUGUCAUUAGCUAUUGGCCAAACGAUGUUCCUGAAGCCGCCUGGAUCACUAUAAUGCUAGUGGUCAUUAUCGCCAUGAACUUGAUGCCUGUUCACUGGUAUGCCGAGGGCGAGUUUUGGUUUGCUUCGAUCAAGGUCUUUACCAUUAUCGGACUCUUGAUCCUAUCAGUCGUGCUUGUCCUUGGUGGCGGACCAAACCACACUCGUCUGGGAUUCUGGUAUUGGCAGCAAGAUCCGGUGAACGAAUACCUGGUUGGCGGCUCCGCGGGAAGGGUGUGCGCAUUCAUCAUGUCUCUGACUCUAGGCGCUUUCAGUUUCCUCUUUGGACCCGAGUACAUUGUAUCGGCCAGUGGAGAAAUGAAGAACCCCCGGAAAGACGUUCCAAAGGCCAUGUUCCACUUCACAUGGAGGCUCAUUUUCUUCUACGCGCUCUCGGCGUUGGCGAUUGGACUCAUCUGCCCGAGUAGCGAGCCCGGACUCACUGCCGGUGGUAGCGGCGCUGCUGCCUCGCCAUGGGUGAUUGCUAUCCAGAAGGCUGGAAUUCGGGGUCUCGACAGCGUUAUUAACGCAGCUAUCAUGACUUCGGCGUGGUCCGCUGCCAAUGGCGAACUAUUCAUGGCGUCUCGCGCGCUCUACUCGCUCGCAUUGGUCGGGAACGCACCACAAAUCUUUGCUCGCUGCAACCGAUACGGCGUGCCAUACUACUCUGUCCUGUUGACGAGCUGUCUGUCCCUCUUGGCCUAUCUGAAUGUCAAGAAUGGCAGCAGUCAGGUGUUCACCUGGCUUGUGAGUCUGGUCAAUGAGUGUGGUUUCAUCAGCUGGAUCAUUUGCUGUGUCUGUUUCUUCAGAUUCCGCAAGGCCUGCAAGGUCCAAGGCGUUACCAACCUCCCCUACCAGAGCCGCUUCCAGCCAUACGGCGCAUGGUUUGCCAUCAUCUUCACUACACUCUUGGGCCUCUUGAAUGGACUGCCGGUUUUCUUCCCGGGCAAUUUCACGGCAACCUCGUUCCUGACGGACUACCUUGGCAUACCGAUUUUUGUGGUUCUGUACUUUGGACACCGGAUCUACAAUCGCCACGAGCCGUGGGCGAAACCCGCCGAGACAGUCGACCUCACGUCUGGCUUGGCAGAGCUAGAAGCGCGAGAGGUGACGUUGGCGGCAGCAUCAUCCCCAGAAGAAAAGUCGACUAUGAAGACUGGGCUAGACAAGCUAUCUGCCGUAUGGGGUUGGAAAUGA